CGUCACUUCUGGAUGUCAAUAUGCGGCUCGGUGCGGCGCUGGGAAACAACCGCUGGGAAGAUGUAAAGCUAGGAACCAGCGACUACCAGGCUCCAGGAAGACACCGAACGUCGCCUCUUGGGAUUCUCUAGUUCCGUUCCGAAUAACGGAACCACACUACACGUCACUCCGCCGUCUCCUGCUCCCCUAGCAGCGGAGCGUUUGCCGUACGCAGCCGUCUUUUGUGCGAGAAUGUCCGCGGCGACGCGGCGGGCCUGCUCGGACUCGGACUCGGGCCGGGGCCGGAGCCUGCUGAUGCUGACCACCGCGCUCCUGCUCUCGAUCAUCGGGCUGCUCUCCGCGCUGCCCGGCUUCACCGAGGCAAAGGAGUGCGACAAGCCGUGUAUGAACGGACAGUGCAACGCCGCCACGGGCAACUGUGUGUGCUUCCCCGGCUGGGUCGGGGACCAGUGCCAGCACUGCGGAGGGCGCUUCAGGUUGACGGGACCCUCUGGCUACCUCACCGAUGGACCAGGAAACUACAAAUACAAGACCAAGUGCACGUGGCUCAUUGAGGGGCAGCCCAACACCGUUCUCCGGUUACGAUUCAACCACUUUGCCACCGAGUGCAGCUGGGACCACCUGUACGUGUACGACGGAGACUCCAUUUACUCCCCCCUCCUCGCAGCCUUCAGCGGUCUGAUCGUCCCCGAGCGCUACGGCAACGAGACGGUUCCAGAGGUGGUGUCUCAGUCUGGCUUCGCCCUGCUGCACUUCUUCAGUGAUGCUGCCUACAACCUGACGGGCUUCAACAUUUCCUACAGGGUGAAUACGUGUCCCAACAACUGCUCUGGCCACGGGGAGUGUCGCGCGGGGAGCACCGGUUCGGUGUACUGCGACUGUGAGGACCGGUGGAAAGGACAGGCCUGUGACGUUCCCUACUGCCUGGCCAAUUGUAGCUACCCGGAGGGAGGCCACUGCCAGGACAAGGCCUGCGUCUGUAAAACGGGGUGGCAAGGUCCAGACUGCUCGGUCUCGGUGCCGGCCAGCUCCCCGUUCUGGAGCCGGGAUGAGUACACUGAUGCCGGGCUCGCCAGGGCUUCCCACAAGGCUGUGGUCGACCAAGGCAUCAUGUGGAUCAUUGGCGGCUACGUCUUCAACGCCUCUGAUUAUCACAUGGUCAAAGCGUAUAACCUCAGCAGCAAGAGCUGGCUGACCCUUGACCCCUCCGUGAACACCGUCACACCACGCUAUGGCCACUCGCUGUCUCUGCACGAGGGGAAGAUCUACAUGUAUGGGGGAAAGAUCGACUCCACAGGAAACGUCUCCAGCCAGCUGUGGGUUUUCCACAUCCAGAACCAGACCUGGGUCCUCCUCAGUCCUUGGGCCAAGGACCAGUAUGCUGUUGUGGGUCACUCAGCCCACAUCGUGCCUCCGCUGCAGGAGGGAGCCAGUCCUGUCAUGCUGGUUCUGUUCGGACACUGCCCUCUGUACGGGUACAUCAGCCAGGUGCAGGAGUACAACAUCGUCAAGAACACGUGGAGCUUGGUGCCCACUGAGGGGGCGCUGGUCCAGGGAGGCUACGGCCACAGCAGUGUCUUUGACCCUCACACCAGAGCCAUCUACAUCCAUGGAGGCUACAAGGCCUUCAGUGCCAACAAGUACGGCCUGGCUGGAGACCUCUACAAGUUUGACGUGGACAAGAGGAAGUGGACCAUCCUGCGAGACAGCGGCUUCUUCCGUUACCUCCACACGGCGGUGAUAGUGAGCGGGUCCAUGCUGGUGUUCGGAGGGAACACGCACAACGACACGUCCAUGAGCCACGGCGCCAAGUGCUUCUCGUCGGACUUCCUGGCCUACAGUCUGGCGUGUGACGAGUGGACGGUGCUGCCUCGACCAGACCUCUACCAUGACGUCAACCGUUUUGGGCACUCUGCAGUCUUCAGCGACAGCGCGAUGUACGUGUUCGGCGGCUUCAACAGCCUGCUGCUGAGCGACGUCCUCGCCUACACCUCCCCCAGCUGCUCGGCCUUCUCCAGCGAGGCGUCCUGCGGCCAGGCCUGGCCCGGAAUCCACUGCGUGUGGAACAGCACCCAGGGGACCUGCCUGCCCUGGGAGAGCGGCACUGACCAGCUUCCGCCCUCGUGUAACACGCGAUCAUUCGUGGAUAACGAGAGGUGUGACCAGUACACAGACUGCUACAGCUGCACCGCCAAUACCAACGGCUGCCAGUGGUGUUCAUCGUGCUCGUCUCUAGGAAGCAACUGCACCUCUGCCACGGGGGCCAUAGGGGAGUACGACGUGUGCCCCAGAGACAACCCCUCGUACGUGUGCAACAAGAAGACCAGCUGCAAGAGCUGCGCCGUGGACCAGAACUGCCAGUGGGAGCCACGCAACCAGGAGUGCAUCUCCCUCCCAGAGAACGUGUGCGGCGAAAGCUGGCACCUGGUGGGCAACUCCUGUUUGAAGUUCAUCACGGCCAAGGACUCGUACGACAACGCCAAGCUGGCCUGCCGGAGCCACAACGCGGUGCUGGCCUCGCUGACCACGCAGAAGAAGGUGGACUUCGUCCUGAAGGAGCUGCAGACCAUGAGCGCCAUGUACAAAGCCUCCGUGACGCCGUGGGUGGGGCUCCGGAAAAUCAACGUGUCGUACUGGUGCUGGGAGGACAUGUCCCCCUUCACCAACACCACCCUGCAGUGGCUGCCCGGGGAGCCCAGCGACGCCGGCUUCUGCGGCUACCUGGCUGAGCCGGCGUCCAGCGGGCUGAAGGCUCAGACCUGCAUCAACCCGGUGAACGGCAGCCUGUGCGAACGCCCAGCCAACCACAGCGCCAAGCAGUGCCGGACCCCCUGCGCCAUGAGGAGCACCUGCAGCGAGUGCACCAGCAGCAGCUCGGAGUGCAUGUGGUGCAGCAACAUGAAGCAGUGCGUGGACUCCAACGCCUACGUGGCCUCCUUCCCCUUCGGGCAGUGCAUGGAGUGGUACACCAUGAACGCCUGUCCGCCGGAGAACUGCUCUGGGUACCGAACCUGCGGCCAGUGCCUGGAUCAGCCGGGCUGCGGCUGGUGCACCGACCCCAGUAACACUGGCAGGGGUCAGUGCAUCGAGGGCUCGUACCGGGGGCCCUUCCAGACCUCUGUCCCGGCUCCGUCCACCCUGCCCGGCCUUCCUGACAGCCCCCAGCCAGCGCUCAACGCCAGCAUGUGCCCCAGUGAGGCAAAAUACAACUGGUCCUUCAUCCAUUGCCCAGCCUGUCAGUGUAACGGCCACAGCCAGUGCGUCAACGACAGCGUGUGCGAGAAGUGCGAGGACCUGACGACGGGCCGCCACUGCGAGAGCUGCAUCUCCGGCUUCUACGGGGACCCGACCAACGGAGGCAGCUGCCAGCCCUGCAAGUGCAACGGUCACGCCAGCAUGUGCAACCCCAACAACGGCAAGUGCUUCUGCACCACCAAGGGCAUCAAAGGAGACCGCUGCCACCUGUGUGAAGUCGAGAAUCGUUACCAAGGCAACCCCCUCAAAGGGACAUGCUACUACACGCUGCUCAUCGACUACCAGUUCACCUUCAGCCUGUCGCAGGACGACGACCGCUACUACACCGCCAUCAACUUCGUGGCCACACCUGAGGAGCCAAAUCGGGACCUAGACAUGUUCAUAAAUGCCUCAAAGAACUUCAACCUGAACAUCACGUGGGCCACGAGCUUCACCGCAGGAACCCAGACCGGGGAGGAGAUCCCCAUCGUCUCCCGGAGUAACAUCAAGGAGUUCAAAGACAGCUUUUCCAAUGAGAACUUUGAUUUCCGCAACAACCCGAACAUAACGUUCUUCGUUUAUGUCAGCAACUUCUCAUGGCCCAUUAAGAUUCAAAUCGCCUUCUCCCAGCACAGUAACUUCAUGGACCUCGUGCAGUUCUUCGUCACGUUCUUCAGCUGCUUCCUGUCACUGCUGCUGGUGGCCGCCGUGGUUUGGAAGAUCAAACAGAGCUGCUGGGCGUCGCGGCGGCGAGAGCAACUGCUGAGGGAGAUGCAGCAGAUGGCGAGCCGGCCUUUCGCCACCAUCAACGUCGCCUUGGAGACGGACGAGGAGCCGCCUGACCUGAUAGGAGGAAACGUCAAGUCGGUCCCGAAGCCCAUCGCCCUUGAGCCCUGCUUUGGCAACAAAGCCGCCGUGCUCUCCAUCUUCGUGCGGUUGCCCAGGGGCACUGGCGGCAUCCCUCCUCCCGGGCAGUCUGGUCUGGCGGUGGCCAGCGCGCUGGUGGACGUCUCCCAGCAGAUGUGUGUGGGCUACAAGGAGAAGUCCGGGGGCCUGAGGAGCCGCAAGCAGCAGCCCAGCGCUCAGCCGUCCACCUGCAUCUGACCCACCGUCUCUUUCCUCCAUUCCCAGCUCGACGCUUUCCCAACGGCCCCCUCCCCUCCCAUCCCACCCCCCCGGAGCCCUCCUUCACAGACUCAGACUUGGCCGGCUCUGCUCUGGCAGCGCUGGAACAUUCAGAGCAGAGCAGAGCAGAGCAGAGCGGCCCGGCAGGCUGCAGCGUCCCGCUCCAGGACGUUCGGGUCCCUUUGAACUGGGCCACAGAAAGAGGGGGACGGGACAGAGCGGACGCGGCUCCGCCCCCCCCCCCCCCCCCUUCCCAAGAAACGAAACCAUUUUGUCGACACCGCCUCAUUAGAGCCGAGGCGGCCACGGCUUGCUGCUAGAAGAGAUCCUCGUCUCGUAGUUCUGGAGAAACCCAGAGACUCUGUGACCCUCUUUCUCCUCGUUUAACUUAAGUUAUUCAUUGUUUUGUACUGUGUUAUUUCGGAGGCCGGAACAAACUGGAGAUUUUUAGCUGCACGUCCACACACACACACACACACACACACACACACACACACACACACACGUCCACGGGCCAACUUUCCGAGUCCUUGUACCGAUUUGUAGCCCUUUGUCGCCUGCUGUCGUGUUCCGAGGUCCGGUGUCGCCGGAGCCGUGUAAGGUUUACAGCACGUUGAGUCUUCCUUUAACGAGCGUCCAGUGUAGAGUCUGUGACACUAAUCAGCCCGUGCGUCGCCCUCCGCCGUCUCCACGGCCCGGUUGGAGCUCCCUCUUGGGCCGUCUGCCGGCGGUGCCGACCCAGCGUUCCUGGCAGCGCCAUCGUGCGCCGGCGCCGGUUGAAGCUCCUCCAGCUGAUUACUCCUCCUCUGGCUUUGGCUGCAGCCGCAGCCCGCGGGUGCGCGUGCGGGUCGGAGCAGCCGGCGCCGGUCCGUCACCGCCGUCCUCUCGGCAGCGCUGGACCUGGGGCUCGUGUGAAACGAGCUUCCAAUAGACUCACUGUCUGCGAUCGACUCGGCCGAUUGGGCAGAUCUGUGUGAGGGGAGCGUCCUCUGAUCGUUGUCUGAGGAAUCCAUAGCGUCUAAUUGCUCCUCUUGUCCUCCAAUGCAACGUGCGCCACCAGAACACAUGUCCCUCCUGUUCGGCGGCGGUGGUUUCCUGUCCGUGAGCUCUGUGUAGCGGCCCCAUUAGCUGCUAAUGACCGCGUUAAAGCGGCGCUGGGCCGACGUGACGCGCUCUCAGCUGGUGGAACAAGCGUCCGCGUCAGCGUUUGCUUCUUCAUUUUGCACCUUUGGUUAAAUGGGGCUUUUGAAGUGACCGCGGCUCAUGGAGAAGUUGCUGGUCGAUUAAAAAAGGACGAGCUCUCAUUGCUUUUACUUUAAAUUGCCUGGUGAAAAGAUGCCGCCGCGUCGUCUCGGGUUGUUUUUUCAGGUUGUUCUAAGCUGGUCCUCUUUAUGUCUUGUUGUUUUCCUUAUGUAUUUACUUUACCAGCUCUUUAGCUGACAUGCUUUUUGUCCACUGGGGAAAAAGAGAAAAAGGGAAAAUACCUUAAAAAACAAAAAACGCACGGAACAGAAUCUCAGGCUGCUGGUUUGAAACAGCUGUUGCUGUGAAAUGUGGCUUUUCUGAGGGCGUCGCGGUGUCAGAUCCGCGCCCGUCGCCUCCUCCUCGUUCGCCUCCGGCCCCGAGUCUCGGGCUCCAGUUGACUCUCCGUAUUUGCUGAACAUGCGUCGCAGCUGCAGGUCUCCGACCGACGGCAGGAGGAGGUUUUUCCUCCCGCUCUGCAGAGACGUUGACGUCCCAGGCUCCGAGCGCCACUCGAACAGAGCUAAUAACGUCUGUUUGUUUCUAGAACCGCUUAAAGGCCACGUUUUUAACACUGGGAAAAGGUCAGAGCAGAAAGCAUGAACAAAGUUGACACUGUAUAAUUAUAGCGCUGCACUCAGCGAGGACGAGAGGCGUCGCCUGUGUUCUGAUGUUAGCAGCUUGAUCAUCAGUCAUGUUGUGGUUCUGUUUAGCCGCGGUCGGGUCGCGGCUUUGUACUGAGAGCUGCACCGGACCUGUUCUUGGGUGCACUGGAGGCUGGGCUGCAGCUUAAGAGCUGGAGGAGGGGAGAGAGAGGGAGGGAGAGCGAGCGAGCACGCGAUCGCAGCCUGGUCCAGGGUCUGUUUCAAGGCACCGAUCGACGCUCCGUCACCAGCCGACGUCUCGCCCACAUGUGAACACGUUGACGUCAUCCUUCUGAACCGUUCACGACGCUCGCGGUUUGGAAACAUUUAGCUGCACACGAAGCUGAGCGCUCCUUUCUCUGAAUCUGUUCCAAGUCUGAUUCAAAUGUACUGUAGUAAUAAUUCCACCAAGAAUGAUGAUUGUGUUUUUGUAAAUGAAUGUAUAAUGAAUACUCGCCGGGUCGUCUCUGGGCCCUGGUCGACGGAGCAGUGCUCUCUUCACAGACGUAUGAUGCCUCCUGGACGGGAUCUGUUCAUGAUACUCAACGCCAGAACUCUAGAAGCUGAUCCUGGGUCUGCUAGUGUUUAAAAGUCUUUAGGAUGAUUAGAUGAUUGUUUUUACCUCUAGUGUAUGAUUAGUUUAUCACACACACUUUCUGGGUCAUGUUUUGUUCCUUGUUGCCAGUCACUCACUUGAAAUUUCAUUACUGACAGGAAUUAUUUAAGAAGAAAAAAAAAACAGCUGUAAUCUGUAAAUACUGAUUUGAUCUGUUAUCAGCGGCUCCACCAGUUGUGAUUAGAGGAAACACUGCAGACCCUUCACCCUUGGUCCUCCCACGCGGACGCGUGUGUUUAUUUCGGGCUGAUUAACCGUCUUUGCAUAUGCUGGGAGGGCGGGUACAGCGCCGCUUGAUUGGCGGGUCCUUCAUCUAUCGUCGAGCAGCUCCAGGUUUUCCACCCCAGAUGACUUUCCCCUCUGCUACACACGGACACGAGCGCUGCACAGUUUGCACAUGAGUUUAUAGGGGAUGAAAGGCACAAGAGGAGAGCGUUCCUCUUCCUCGAGAACCUGUAGAGGUGGAGAAUGAAGGUUCUAAUUGGAGCUUGUGGUCCCAGGGUGGGCUGCAGCGCGAGCGGGUGCAGCUCAGCCGCCUGCAGCAGGAGCAGGUUCUGGAAGUUCAGCUUUUCCAGGCCGUCGCCUCUCGCCAGCAUUCGGAGCGGCCUCGGUGUGAAUUGGCCCCGAGCCGCUCAGAAAUAUUUGAGAGGGAUUGUGGAAGUUGUGCAACGGGAGACGUUUAGGAAGAGCUGAGCGCCGCUUCCCGAGCCUCAAACGCUGGGUAACACUUCAACUUUACAGUGGCCUUAUUUAAGCUUCUUAAUGUCUGUAUUAACAGAUAGAAAUGCACAGCAGAUACAUAUUCAUGGCGUGAUUUUUAAUUAUUUAAUGGAACCCUUCAAAUAGCCCCAGCUAUAGUUUUCCUUUUGUCAAACACUGGCACAUUAAUGUAUUUAAAAUGCUCUAUAGACGUGUUGGCGCAUGAGAAUAAGGUCAUUGUAAAAGCAGGCGUUACCCUCUUUGUCUUUGUACAGCGGCAUUAUUCCUGAGGAAGACGUUUGUCUAUAUGUAUAAUUUAGCAGUUGCUCCUUUUUGUAAAUAUUGAGAAAGUAUUGUGAAUGACACGUGUCGAAUGGCGAAGCGUCUCCGGGCUUUUAAAAUGUGACUACGUUCCGCAGCAUCUUUUCUAUGUAAAGACGAGUGAGCAUUAUAAACGCUGAUCCAACCACGUGUAACCCUCCACAAUAAUCGCUCAUGAGGUUGUAAUUACCGAUGUACAGAAAAGAACGACAGAACAUUUUUGUCUAUUAAUAAAUGUGAAAAUCCA